UCUCCCCUCAAACGGGAAACAAGAUGGCGGCCGCAGGUCCGAGUACUCGGGCCUCUUCCGCGGCGGCAGCGGCGGCUCUGAGUCGGCGGAGCCGGCGGGGCCGCUGUGACGAGAUGGCGGCAGCCAAGACUGGGGCCCAGGGUCCGGCCUCCGGGCACGCGCUGCUCGUGUUGCCGCAGCCGUUGCUGCAGCCACCGCCGCGGCCGGAGGAAUCGGGCUGCGCCGGCUGCCUGGAGACCCCGGGAGAAGCGGCGGCCCUGCCUUGCGGCCACUCGCUGUGCCGAGGCUGCGCCCAACGCGCCGCGGACGCAGCGGGCCCAGGCUGCCGGCGCUGCCGCGCCCGCGGCCCGAGUUGGGCCCGCCGUCGGGCCCGCGACGACGGCCAGGCCACCGCGGAGGUGCUGGGCGAGCGCGCCCGCCGCGGCCAGCCGGAGCGCUGCCGCCCGCGCCGGGACGGGGGCGCGGCCGCCGAGGGGCCCAGGCUGGAGCAGGAUCCGCGCGCCGCGCCGGCGGAGCCAGAGUUUAUAUUCAGAACACCAAUCAAAUUAAGUAAGCCUGGGGAACUUCGUGAGGAGUAUGAAAGCCUGAGAAAGAUGAAAGAAGAAAAGUUACAAGAGGAGAAAACCUCCGAAGAUCAAAUUCAGAAGCUGUUACCAGAGGAUACAGAAACAGGGAAAAGGAAAAUGGAUGAGCAGAAAAAAAGAGAUGAGCCAUUAGUACUGAAAACAGAUUUGGAGAGUUGUCCUGCACGUCUCUCAGAUUCAGAGAAUGAAGAGCCUUUCCAAGGCAAGAUGGCACAGACACAUCGCUCUGCAUUUGUUUCUAAGAACAACUCCUACACCUUAGCUUUCCUGGCAGGGAACCUAAAGGUGGAGAGAAGUCAAAGCUGUAGUGACACCGCUCAGGACAGAACGAAGGGCAGACUCCGAGCGGCCCCCGCCAGCAAAGCCAAGGUAACAACUAUAACCCCAAGCACCAACCCCAUCAUUGGUGUUCUCUUGUCCACUCAGAACAACCGCUGCCUCUCCGCCCCUGACCUGACCAUUGAAAAGCGUCUGCCCUUCAGCUCCCUCUCAUCCUUGUCUUCCCUGCAGAAGCCCGAGCGCUCCAUUAGCCCUGAGAGCAAUGACAGCAUCUCCGAGGAACUCAACCAUUUCAAGCCCAUUGUCUGCUCACCGUGUACUCCUCCCAAGAGACUCCCUGAUGGCCGUGUGCUAAGUCCCCUCAUCAUCAAAUCAACACCCCGCAACCUAAACAGAAGCCUGCAGAAACAGACUUCUUACGAGGCCAGCCCACGGAUCCUCAAAAAGUGGGAACAGAUCUUUCAGGAGCGGCAGAUCAAAAAAACCCUUUCGAAAGCCACCCUUACCUCCAUGGCUCCAGAAACAGGGGACGAUUUGCUAGUCUCUGAAGUUACUCAUUCUAGCAAAGAGAAGCCACUUCCGACUUUAAAUACAAGACUGUCCAGUGGGCAUAUACUGUCUGAAUGUACUGGACCCACCCCCGCUGACCUGGACUAUCUCCCCUCUGUUAGCCAAACAAAAGCAGAGCAGGGCAGUGGCAGUAAAAGGAACACUGAGAUCCCAAUGGAAACCUGCUCUUCUUCAGAACUUAGAGUGGGAGCCAGUGGGACUCCUUUGGAGAGAGAACAAUUUGAAGGGUCAGGGUCAAGCUCAGAUGCCAAGUUAGACAAAGCUUGUAUAAGUACAGCCAUGAAAAUCUCGGCAGUUAAUUCAGUGCUGUCCAAAAACAGUGGUUUGGGUGGCGUCUUCAAAACAAAGAAACAGCUGAAGACAGUGAAUCAUUUCGAUCUGCCUAAUGGUGUCCUGGCAGACAACCUAGGUGAGGAGCCUCUUCCUUCCUUGCGUCGGGGCCGGAAAAGACACUGCAAGACCAAGCACUUGGAACAAAAUGGCUCCCUUAAGAAACUACGACAAAGCAGUGAUGAGGUGGGUCUGGCCCCGGCAGACCCUGUCCUGCGAGAGAUGGAGCAGAAAUUGCAGCAAGAGGAAGAGGACCGACAGCUGGCUCUGCAGCUGCAGCGCAUGUUUGACAACGAGAGGCGGACUGUGAGUCGGCGAAAAGGGAGCGUGGACCAGUAUCUCCUACGAUCCAGCAGCAUGGCUGGGUCCAAGUAGCGCCUCGUGAACAGUGUCACCUGUCUCUAAGAGGUCUUCGGGCUUGGUCAUUUGUCCUCCAGAACAGAGCGUUCUCACUUUGGGUUUCUUUCAAUGGCAAAAUCUGAGAGGUUCCAGGGCCUUUGUAGUCUACGUCCAAGAAAACUGCAUCUUUGCCUCCCUAUGACUGAGGCCAGAAGCACUCCCCACCCGCUACGUGACCCAUGCCUGAGUGCUUCUGGGCCUGAUCUGGCGGCACCCACUUGGAAUGAGAUUCAGGAGCACGUGGCCAGAGUUAGAAAUGGUAGAGGAAAGAGGGAUACCUUCUCAAACUGAUAGACCUCCUGACUUCUUUUCACAGGGUGUAUUUUUAAAUCAGCUUUGCAGAUAAAAAUAACUUCCAUGAUUUUCAAGGAAGUGGAACAGUAUAGUUCUUUGGCAGAUUCAAAAAGAUUAUGUUAGCCCUUCUCCUGACCCCUGUCACAAGUAAAUAUUCCUAAUGAAAUCAAUUGAGUUUAUGCUUCUACAAAAGCUAAUUAACAUUCCCUGUUUAAAAAAUAACAUUUGAUUACUGCUCUAUUGUUGACAACCAUCUCACAGUCAUUGUUUAACUUGGUCUUACAGGAGACCUGGCAUAUAAGUGGGAUUGACCCCAUUUUUUGAUGAUGAAACUGCAGUGCAGGUAUUCAAGCUCUCUCAACUAAGUGGCAUGGCCCAGCCUGACCACUGGGUCUCCCGACGACAAAUCCCAUGGAUUUCCCACACUAACAGGUUGCCAUGAUGGACUGCAGCCCAAGGUCAUGCCACGGGAGCCUAGGGAAAGCUGGCUAGGCAUCGAGUACCCAUUGUGCAAAAUCCACACUCAGACCAUUGAGAUUGGCUAGAACUCUACACAUAGAGUGUGCAGUUAGCCCCACCCCCACAGUUUACAGCCUCCUUUUCACCACUGUUCCACCCUGUAAGAUAAAGGACAGUUGGACAUCAUUACUCUCCACAUGGCCAAGGGUUAUCUGCAGUGUUGAUCUAAAGUCCAAAUAGUUUGCCCAGAAGUCAGGCAAGAACAAGGCUGAAACUCCAUACUAUGGAAACAAGGUAUCUAGCUGGAUGCAGCUGGUAAAUUCAGUCCCAUGGACCUUUGGGGUUUAUUUUCCUUAACAGCUGACACCAUGUGUCUUUUGCAUCCCUGGUGGUGCUUGGUGCUUCUGCCCAUCUGGGCUCAUUGAGAAUAGGGAUUAAGAUAGGAUUUUUAGGGAAUCUCAAAUGGGCUGGCAUUCCCUGUGCAUGUAUGAGCUGUUACUAUAAAGUCAUGUGACUGGCAUUUAACAAACCUUUCAGAGCUUCUAUAUCCCAAUGUAUGUUGUCCCCUUGAGUGGCCCCAGAAGGGUACUGCACAUUUUCCAAUUGAAAACACUUCUGGAAUUGUCCUCAAAGUCUAGAAACAUCUGGAAACAUAGACUCCUAAAAUGUUAGAACUGGAAGGGACCUUAAUGGUCAUCGAUUCCAAUUUCUUCCUCUUAUUAAGGCAGAAGCUGAGAUCCAGAGCAGUGACUCACUGAUCAAGUCCCUAGGAAUUUACUGUAUCACCUUAUUUUGCUCCUUCUCAGGAGAUUUGCCUCCUUUCUCUGAGCAAAUCUUUGUAAUCAUUUGGAGUUAUAGGAGAGAGAAUUUUACAUUUGGAACCAGUCAGAAGCUGUUUGAAGCCUCUGGAGGAGAAGGUGGGUUAAUAAGAGGGUGUGGAGUCAUAAAUGAGGUGCAGCUAUAAAGCAGAGCCAUUUCCUCGGGCAACUCAUAAACAGUUCCCAGAGAGAAGUUCCAGAGAUGUCUUAAGCAUUUCGAUGAUCACUGAGAUAUGUGGAUCCUCUUCCGUGACUACUUUGGUGGGCAGUGUCACUCACCUGAAUGUAUGUAUUCUGUGUUCCCUGUGUCUGUGUGUGCAUACAUGCAGAUGUGUGUUUAAAAACAUAUAUCAGUCUCAUUACUUUGUGUUCACACCACUUCAGUUCUAGGUCCCACCAGCAACACGUGCCCUCCAGAGGCUGCUGGAAGGUAUAGGUACCCAGGAGAGAAGAGCUGGCACUGGUCUGCGGCAGACAGAGAGGGUGACUCCCUAAAGGCCCUUAGAGAAAACACCAGUUACUGCCGUUUCAGAUUGUUCCUUUUUGAUCCUUGUUAAUGUUAUUGGGAGGCUGGUCUCAUUGGUAGUAGCAAAGACACUUAUUUUUCCACUUGCCACCUUUUUCUAUAUCUCCAAUAAUUCAAAAAAUACUUUUCAGUUGGAACCAAUUUUUGUUUUUGAAAAAAAGAUAAAUAUUUUAAUAGAAAAAGAUAUAUAUUUUAAAUAUGUCCCCAGAGUAAUAAGAAAUCACAUAGUGGAAACAACACAUUUUAACUUCUGAUGCAGAGUGAAACGCUACUUCUUGUUGAACAAACAUUCUGAAUUCUGAAUCCAGCUUCCUGACUUCCCUGGGCCCCACUGCAGUGCCUGCAGCGUGCUGACAGUGGUUCUCCAUGCUUCCAGCUGAGCAGUUUAGGUUAAGGAGGGAGGAGGCUUAAUCUUUAAUCUGCAUGGCUUUGGAGGAUGCAAAACCACUAAGGUAUCUGUAUUUUCAGAUGCUUCCCAUAUUUAAUAACUAAAACCCGAACACUUUUUCCUUCUGAAAAGUUUCCCUCUCGUUGCUUGAUUGUGAAGUUGGUUACAAGUGGAGUUCUUGACCUGAAUUCUUUGGAGAAAAAAGGGAGAAAGACAAGGUAGGAAAAUAGAAUGCUGGGGAGGGUUUCUCAGCUAGAAUGAGACACACGGUUUCACAAAGCAAACAUAUUGCUCACAAAUCAUUGGCAUCUGAUUCACCAUACAAAUUCCCCAUGCCCUACUAACUCUGUUCCUUGUGUAUAUGCAUUUUUAGUUUUUGUUAUUAAAGGGGAAGUUAUGAGAGGUUGGAGGAUGGAGGUGAUUCAAUGGGGAAUAUAAGAACUGUGGUUGCCCUGGGAAGGGGGCUCUCAGCCCUUUUCCAUUGGGGGGAGACCCUCUGGGGGUGUGCUCAUGACUCUGCUGACUGCUACCUGUUGGAAGAAGUCAUCUGGGCCUGUUCAGUCGGUGUCAGAUCAGGGGGGUGUGGGUCCACCCCCUGGCCCCUUUCAUGUAAUUGCCUCUUUUUUAAAAGAUUAAUUCUUUUUCGCUGAGGCUUCCCAGGAAAACUUUUUGUAAGUGGCUUCAUUUUUUUUUAAUUUAAUUUAAAAUUUUUGCCUGGAGGGAGCACUGGUGAUAAAUGCUUUUUCUCUGUGUUUCUUUAUUCGAUUUUCUUAAAAGAAAAAUGCCCUUAAGAGAUCAAAGCUGCUUAAUUAAUUGCUGUAUGAUUACAAACUGACAAACUGAUUACAAUGGGAAGCUGCCACUGCUUGACUGGUGAAGCUGAUGACCGAAGGCUGUGCUGUUCGUCCUUUCUGCUCCGUCCGACAGAUUUCCUGAGCUUCAGACUUGUGCCAGCCUUGUGCUGGGUCGUGGAGCUGCAAAGAUGGAAAGGACGGUUCCCGCUCUGUGGAGCUCAGUAUCCUACAGAAUGUAUUUGAAUGUGUAUGUGGCUGGAGAGUUUGUGAAUGGUCUUGUGAAAGGCCACUUCUUCCAUAGCGAAGAUCUUGGAUGGUCCCACUCAAGAUGCUGUCCAGCACCAAGCAGGCUGCCUUGAACAUUUUAAAUAUUCCCAUUUGUGAAUUUGGUUGCAAUUUGGUUGCUUUCCAUUUUCUAAGUGAUUUUACUAGAGGAGAGUGAAUUUCAUCCUCCAGUGACUGCAGGACAGUAAGAUCCCAUCAGAAGCUGCUUUUAGUUUGAGCCCCAAGAAACGAGGCAGGCUAAGGGUCACCGACAUGGUCAGAGGUCCACAUCUCCACUAGUAACCUCCUUACCUCUUCCGCAGUCAGGCCUCUCAGCUGAGGCUGACAGCAGCUGGGUCUUUUUCCUUUUUCCUGCCUGGCUUUUCACUGACACGGAGGGCCAGCAGGAGGAAGGAGAGAAAAAUUGAAGGCUGGAUCCUAAUCAUCAAAUAUGUAGCUGGAAUGGGCAUGGAAGUCAUUCAAGUCAAACUCUUCCCCCUUCCAUCCCUCUUCUUUUUUUUUUUUUAAGAAAUUAGGAACUUAAUGUCCAGUACCUUGUGCCCUAUUUUAUAUGAUAAUUUUCUAGGUCUGAAUAGUCAUUUAAGUUACACACACAUACUCACAAUUUGAUAAUGAGGGGACAUCCAAAUGAUCUAGGAGACUUUGUUUUACUGGCUUUUCUUCCUGAUUUUUUCAGUUAGAAUGAAAAUGCACCUAUAUCCCCCUGAAUACACAUCCAGACAGGGAAAGCCUCUGUAGCGUGAGUAAAGUGGCUGUGGAAUCUGGGGAAGUGACAUUUUUAUUGGAACAGCCACUUUAACUACCAAGGAUUAAAACCUGGCCAGCCCUUCAUUUUUCUUUGAAAAUCAAGAACUUAGGGACUUAAAUCUUUCUAAGCCAGCCUUUUCCUUCAAUCCACAGAGUGGUCUUUUGGCCUAGUUUUUAGAAUUGAGUAUAGCUGCUUAUAAAUUCUUGGGACUCAGUGAGGAAGCAGGUCUGCUUUCUGGGGUGUUGGAGCGCAGUGGGGUUCUAGGGAAAGAGGCUGCUAAAUAGAUUUUUUUCUCCAAAGAGAAUCUAGAAAUGUAUCUUUACACAUGGUUAUUGUUCACUGUAAUUUUCUGGAGAUUGUGCUACAGAAAAAGAUACUUUGAGAUAUAUAGAGAUCACCACUUUAGAGAUUGGUUACAUUGGAUGAAGGAAAAGUGCCAAGACUGUAUGUGCACAUUGUUGUAUGUAUUACCAGUAUUUUUUUCUUCCUAAGAAAAAUAUUUACACACUUUG